AUGCUCGACCACUGCUCAAUCUCUCAUAAAGGCGGCAUCGUUCUAUGGUCGCGUUCGUUCACGCCAGAAGCUGCCCAGCUUGCAACCUCUACAGCAUCCCCAGUUAACUCCCUCAUACGCGAAGCACUGAUUGAAGGUCGAACCGCAGACGAAAAAUAUGAGAAAGAUGGAUACGCUGUUAAAUGGACAUUUGUCAAUGACCUGGAAUUGAUUUUUGUGGUGGCAUACCAGCGAAUUUUACAGCUCACCUAUGUGGACGACUUACUAACUGCUUUGAAAGCGCUCUUCGUGAAAUGUUUCGAACCUUUUAUCGCUGCCUUCGUUGCAUCCAUUCAUGCUAUGAAUGCCGUCAAGAAUAACGCCUUACAAGUCACUUUAUGGGACUUUGGGAAAGCAUUUGAUGGCUGGGAUAGGGCGUUCGACAAGCUUUUGCGAGGAUUUGAGGAAAAGGCUGCAUUGGACCGAAAGUCGCGGUUGAGACCAACAACCCGACCGGCGAUUGAGGAGCUAGGCACUCCCCCAUCUGAUGAUCAGAGCACCACCCCUACAAUUGCCGUGGACGCAUCUCAGGAUGAACAGCAAAUAGCGAGAAAUGUCCAGGCUCUCAAAAACAGGCUACGUGGUCGUGGAGGCCGCCGCGGGGGAAGGGGAGGGCGUGCUGGGGCCAGUGAGAAGGAGAGUCACCCAAAUUCUGACUCCGAAACUCCAACGAAAAGCAAAAAAGCUAAAACUCAGAGAAAAUGGGGCGAUACGGCGCCCACGGAGUCCGAUAUGGCCUCCCUAGAUUUUAGCAUCGAUAAACCUGAUGCUGCUACCAGCGAUCUUGGCUCGCAUGAUUUACAAUCCCUAGUCGAUCAGGCGUCCUUGGGAACGCGAACUCGUGAUGGUCUUUAUGAAGUGAAAGAUUGGGAGUUCUCACAAGGAAAAGACAAACGGACAGAUAAUUUGCUUGCGGGUGCGCUCAAGCCACUUGACCGCAACGCGUCGAGCUCCGCCAGCUCCCUGGGACCUUUAGGAUCCCUGUUCGCUCGUCUAACUGGCUCGAAAGUCCUCACGGAGGCUGAUCUUAAGCCUGUGCUGGAAGGGAUGAAGCAACAUCUCAUGAAGAAGAACGUGGCAAUGGAAAUCGCGGACAAGGUGUGCGAAAAUGUGGGGGAAAAUUUAGUGGGCAGAAAGGUUGGGGGCUUUCAAACUACUAGCGCCGCAGUACAUCUGGCGUUGUCGACAUCUUUGACGAGAAUAUUGACACCAAAGACAUCGACAGACCUUUUGUUAUCGAUCAGAAACAAGUUAUCUUCGCCGCUGCCGUCUACGCAACGCCGCGUUCCCUAUAGCAUCACUUUUGUUGGUGUUAACGGUGUCGGAAAGAGUACAAACCUGUCAAAAGUCUGCUUUUGGCUAAUUCAGAAUGGUUUGCGGGUUUUAAUUGCUGCAUGCGACACAUUUAGGAGCGGAGCUGUUGAGCAACUUCGUGUUCAUGUCCGGAAUUUGAGCAUGCUUGGUGUCGAUGGCGCUACGAACAGCAAAAGUCGAGUGGAGCUCUUCGAGCGUGGGUAUGGUAAAGAUGCUGCUGGCAUAGCAAGGGAAGCCAUUGGUUACGCCCAAGAAAAUGACUUUGAUGUUGUCCUCAUUGAUACCGCCGGUAGAAUGCAGGAUAAUGAGCCUCUCAUGCGUGCGCUUGCUAAGCUUGUUGCAGUGAAUAACCCAGACAAGAUCAUAUUUGUCGGCGAAGCUUUGGUUGGCAAUGAAGCUGUUGACCAGCUCACUAAAUUUGAUCGUGCUCUACGUGACUUUUCAUCUGUAUCCGGCAGAAGUCGUGGUAUAGAUGGGAUGCUAGUGACUAAAUGGGACACCGUUGAUGACAAGGUGGGCGCAGCCCUGUCAAUGACUUAUGUUACGGGACAACCCAUCAUCUUUGUGGGUUGCGGCCAGACUUAUACCGAUUUAAGGCAGUUGAGAGUCGCAAAUGUUGUUGAAGCGAUUCUCAAAGAUUGA